AUGGCAAACUCAGACAUUUAUGAUUUGGUGGUGGUUGGUGCAGGACAAUCAGGUAUUGUGUCGGCAAGAUUCUACCUCGAUAUUCAUCCCGAUGCCAAAGUCGGCAUACUCGAAAGAGACCAUUCUGUUGGAGGAGUAUGGAAUCAAGAACGAGUAUAUCCAGGCUUCAAAUCACAACAGAGCGUCCGUAUGAGCGGCUUCUCCGAUGUGCCGUUCACUCCCAAGCCAGACCAAGUUGAUGAGAUGCAUAUGUACAAGGCCGAGUCAAUGACAACUUACCUCGACGAGUACGUCGACAAUCACGUCUACUCUGGCCAGACCCUGCGCGACCGUAUUAGAUUUGGCGUCGAAGUCGCUAGUGCCGAGAGGACGCCCGGGGGAUGGCGCCUCCAUUGUAGCGCCCCGUCAGGACGACAAAGCUUCAAUGCUAGAAAGCUCAUCGUAGCUUCGGGAACGACCUCGGAAGCGAAUCUCCCCGAAUUUCAAGGCCGCGAGACCUUCAAAGGACCCAUCAUUCACACAUUCAAUCUAGCACAAUCCAAAGUUCUCCGGCGAGAAGACAUCCGACGAAUCGCAAUUAUUGGCGGAGGCAAGUCCGCAGCCGACCAUGCCUAUCAAGCCGUCAAAGCUGGCAAAGAGGUUCAGUGGAUCAUACGCAAAUCAGGCAAAGGCCCCGGAGCGUUCACACCAGUCAAGAUUGGCAUUGGUAGCAGCAUUUGGCAAAAUGUCGUCGAACUUGUUAACAGUCGUUUUCUUAAUGCAAUAUUUUUUGCCCCAAGCUUGGCCUCGUGGGGCUGGUGGCAGACGUUCAUGUUUAGUACAAGGCUUGGGCAAUGGCUUUACGGCAAGCUGGAGAAAUCCGUCAUUCAACAGGCCAAUGACGCAGCACAGUACGAUAGCCGUCCUGGGUCAAAACCGUCUUUCUCAAAGUUGCAGACCAAGGUUCACGGGCUGGCCUUCGAUGUCCCUUUCGGUUGUCUCUCGUAUGAUGAUUUCUGGGACACGAUUGCGCCAAAUGUCGAUGUGUACAAUGAAGACAUUGCCAGGCUUGACGGGUCGACGAUAGAAUUUAAGAAUGGAGACCAAGUGGAAGUCGACGCCAUCAUUUGCGGUACCGGGUUCCGCGAGGGGUGCUCCUUCUUCUCACAAAAGGACCAAAUGAAUCUUGGCCUUGUUCAUCCUGACGAAUGGGAUACAGCGGACAUGUCUGAGGAAUGGCGCAAGCUGGACGCCGAGGCCGAAAAGGUAGUGCGACAACGAUACUAUUCGGUAAGCCCGCCUCCGCCUGUACCAGACCAGCUGGGGGACAUCAUACGUACAGACACUCCUUACAGAUUGUACCGCAAUAUUGUACCUGUUAGUGAUACUAACCACAACAUCGCCUUCGUGGGGUUUGGAUCACUUCCGAAUAUGAGUCUUGCUUCUGAGGUAUCCGCAAUCUGGACAACUGCCUAUCUCGACAGGUUGUUGAAGCUUCCAAGUGAAGAAGACAUGAAGAAGGACGUGGCGUACGUGGCUACAUAUCUUCGCAUGCGAUUCCCUGCGUACGGGCGGUACGGGAAUUUUUACGCCGUUGAUUACCAUCAUCAGAUGGACCGAUUGUUGGGAGAUCUAAAUCUAGCAAGCCAUCGCAAAGGCUGGCUACAUGACACAUUCGCUCCUUUCUUGCCGGCAGAUAUAAGUGGGCUGAAAGAUGAAUAUUUGAACAAAUAUGGAGGUGCCACAGUUGCCUUGGACGGACAGCUCUGAUUUUGUGUUCCAGUUUCCCUCGGGACGAAGUGUCUUCAGGAAGUCACCACCCAUCAUAUGUGACCAAGCUGGUUGUCGUCUUCUGAACGAAUCUCUUUUGGGAUUGCCCGACACGUUCACACUCUCAAAGUCAUCGAGGCUUUUUGCCUCCUGCCGGUUCUUGACGUUCUGACCAUUCACGGGCACAUUGUGACAUCCAAUUCUCAAGCCCCUGAUUUCGCCAACUCCGAUUCAACGCCGUAUCAAUCAUGGUAAACCUUCCAGCUGGUGUGUCAGGUCUGAAGCAGAUAUAGCCGAUAUACAUGCUUGCAUCUCCUUCGAGAGGGGUUGGAGUAAGUAGAACAAGGUAUUUCGUGUUUGGAUCCAGGGAUUCAGUCCUAUCCUUUGGAGAUGAGGGAGCCAAAGUGGCCCUGACCUUUUCAAAGUCGGCGGAGGAGACGUCGUCUGUGACGAUGAAGCCAUC